GAGUGGGUGAGCUCGAGAAGCCUCUUGCAGGUUUCUGGAUAUCUUCAACUGGGAAAAGCCCAGGUGGGUCUGUGGACCCCCCUCCUCUGUUUGCUGACUGCAAGAUGCAUCUGCCAGUGCCUCACAGCUCCAGGAUCCAGGGCUGUCCCACCUGCUUUGGAGCUGAUUGCGCCCCGCGCAGCAGAUACAGAGGACCUGGCACAGUAUACUAGCCUGGGAUGCCUGUAGGAUUGCUCUGGAUAUCACCUUUGCUGUGACAGGGACCAAAACGUAUAUUUAAAAAAUUCUUUCAAAAGUACGCGAUGCCAGCUAACCCCCCCUGGUCAUCCUCUUUCUUUUUUUGAACCGUGACAUCAACAAAUAACUUUGUUGUGUGAAGACAACACGGCAGGGUCUCUUUGACAUUGCUUUUGCAACCAUUCUCCAAGGUGGAGGGGACACACAAAACUGGGAGUUUAAUAUGGGAUGAUGAAACAAGUUUCUUCUGCUUUCUGAGAAAAGAAAGCUAUUGUACAUCUCCAACACGUUUCUCAGAACAAAGAGGAAACUGUGCGGGAAGAGACAUAAAUCAUUGUACAGCAAUUUAAGUACUGAAAAUUAUGGGGGUGAUUCAAAACCUAUAAAUCUCUAGAAAUUUUUUCAGAUGGGGAUAAAUCAAGCCUCAAUUUCUUUGAGAAAACAAGAGCCAAUUUAUACCGAUUUGAGUCAAAACUAUUAAUGCAGACCUAGCUGUGUAGUAGAACCAUUGUACACAGCUACUCAAGGAAACAAAAAGCAUUAGGAAACAACAAAUAAACCACCUCAAUAAAGUUAGAAAUGAAGUCAGGCUUUCCUGGGGGUUUUGGACGGAGGUCAAUUGCUGUGCCUGUGUCCCUUAGUAUGGCUUUCACUGAGGUGGAAAGAUAAAGCAACAAUGUCAAUAGUGAGGUUUUAGUGCUGAUGGCUGGGGUAGAAAGUGUCAGAACGUGCCUGAAAGUCUGUCAUAUCAGUCUGAUGCUGAGGUGUUGAUAAGGAUUAAUAUGAAACAGUUUCUCACUAAAAGCGUCUGUCAUAUCUGUAAAUAUUAUUUUAGUUAACUGUCCAUCUGUACUCAGGUCAGGUUUUACUUUUUUAGCAUAGAUAAGCAUCUGUAAAGGUAACCUCAGGCUUUUUUUUUAGUGCUGGGUUUAGAUGAGAGGCAGUUUUUCUUCUGUUUGGAGGGGGAGGUGACACCUGGUGGUAAGGGAAGGCUUGUCUCUGGGGCAAAUGGGCCAGGAAGAUGGUCACAGCACCUUUCUUGUCCCAGCUUGGGGCAUGGUUUAAUUAAAUUGAAAGGAAGUACUUUCCAAAAAUGUGCUCCCAGCAAAGCACAAAUGCCAGCAGUAAGCACCUAGUACAUGCUUAAAUAAUGCUUUAUAGCUACACAUUCAGUACAGCCAUUAUCCAGAUCCUUGUCAGGGUAGGAACCAUACCACAUGUGUGCAUAGUUGUGAGGUAGACAAUGUGCAGUGGUAUGUGCUGUGUGGAUGAGGCUAUGUAUUUUUAAGUCGAUGCAGGGGUGUUGAGCGCUCGGAAAGAAGCAGAGUUCAGUGAUGCUGGUCACAGAAGAUGAGAGCAAUCUCUGUACCACAGUUAAUGCUGCAUGCUUCCUCGCUAGCAGGAGUUUUUCUUACUCUUCUUGUUUUUGUCUUCUACCCCCCACACAAGCUGUGCCAAGGAGGUCUGCUAUGGGCAGAUGGGACAGGUACUGGCCUGGGGCAUACGAAUAUCCAUGUCUUUACUCAACCACCCAGAGCCCUGUUAAGCUGAAUGAUAAAUUUCCAUUCUCUGGUGUGAUUCACACUGCUAAAUGUAACUGUGUUGGAGGUUAUACUUGUAUAGACUGUCUGAACAUAAUUAAAACCAGCUUGCGUUUUGCGCUGUUGAUAGUCUUAGCAAUAUUAAUUAUAUCCCCAAAUGAAGUUGCUAGUUUCCUCUGUCCAAUUUAGCAUCAUGCUACAGCAACUGAAAAAAACAAAUCUUGCUUGUCUGUCAUUACAAAAGACUUAAGUAUUCAGGGCAUGAGAUUCAUGUCACAGCCCAGUUGCCCUUUGGAGGACUGAGGUGGUUAACUAACUCUCCUGGUUAACUCCUGUGGAAGCCCUGAUGCCGUAGAGGAGGAGAGUUUGUGUGGGUUUCCUGAGCUAUGCUGGAGGUCAGCUCUUCCUUGCUUGCCUCUAUCAUUAUUCUUCCCAUUUUUAAGAAACUAUCCUGCCUGCCAGCCCCUGGCUCUGGCACUGGGCUACAGCAGCACCCUGCUAACACGAUUAACAUUGUCUGCGAUACCACACAGACACUGCAGCAAAGAGCAGAGCCCCUCCAGACACACUCAGCUAAUGGGCUUUAUUAACUUGAGAUCCAAUUAGGCACUUAAUGAGACACAUUAGGACUUGGAUUGGGAAAGGGUAAUCUGGUGUUAAUGACUGUGGCCAGGUCCUGCCCAUUCUGCUGCCCCUGCCAGUGCAGGGGUUGGUAGGGUUGGGGGAGCCACGGUGAGUGGGCACGCUGCAAAACAUCACUUCUGGACUCUGCUGGCUCCCCUGGCGGGCUCUGAAGCCCUGGCGGUUGCAAUGAGGCUCUACCCUUGCAAGUAGCUGGGUGUAGUUGGAGCCUUCAAUCUGUUUAGCUGGUUUCUGGGGCAAUAGUCACUGCUUUAUAAGCUUAAUAGCAUCACGCUGCUCCCUCUGUGUGCUCGUGGGUUGACGAUGGGCUUGGGGAGAGCAAAUGGAGAAAGCAACAAUGUGAGACACCCAAGUGUAGGGUAGGAAAAUCGAGGAUAACUUGUCUGCCAUGCAGUCACUAGCUCAUUGCACAGCUAUUGUGUUCCCUGGGGACUUGGCUUUGUUGAGGUACAGGGCUUGCACAGAGUCUGGCAAAAGAAAAGCACUGAAUAAAGCGUUGCUAAUGCCCUCUCUAGCAUCUGUACUUAAGUUAGCAGCUGUUAAUAAUUAUACUCGAUACUGGGAAAGAAGCUAACACCAAAAACUUUGAAUACGGGGAAUACUCUUGCGAUGCUCCAGAGGAACCUGACUCUGCGCAGGUGUGUAGGCACCUUGCUCUCUCCAGAGUGAACAGUGCCUUGAGCCCCAGCUCGACAGCUGAGGCCAUGGUGAGUACAUCUUGUGUCUCACACUGCUGGAUUUCAACCAUAUUCUAAUGGGGUCUGAAGUAUCUUAUGGUCCCUUUACACCCCUCUAGCUACUACUUUGGUACCAGUAAAAUUUUGGAAAUCAGUUUCUACGAUUUCUAUGAUUUUUCAGUGAUUUCUAUGAUUUCUUCCUCUCCAGUGAAGCUCCGUUUUGAGAAGCUAGCAUGGUGUGCAUGGGCUGCCUGGCAGUCUACUUCCUGGCAAGCUGCUGCUUCAUCCAGCUUUGACAUUAAUUCAUUAAUUCCCAACAUCUACAUUGUUUGGCAGAGGGGAGUGGCUCACGGGGGCUGGGUUUCGUUACUAUGAGCACAGAAUUUGCAGAAAACAAUGUAUUCCAGAGGAGACUGCUGGGACAAGAUCAUCUCUGCUCCUAGCUUUUGAAAAUGGAACAAGAAAUGAAAGCAGACACUUGUAAGGCCCAGUCCUGGGCUCUCCCGGGCCAAGGAGAGAGCUGAGGACCUGCAAGGCUUUGUCAGCUACACAGGGUGUCAGUGUUGUUCCACUUCAGCAAAGGGACUGAUCUAGAAAACAAGACACUGGAAAAGCACAGCAGCUCCUCUGACUGUAUAUUGGCCUGUGGCACAGGUUUGGUCCCUACACGCACUUUUCAGCCUCGAGGCUUCCUCACUCACUGAUGUUCUCUUGGACUAAAGGUGACCUGGACCUGGACCCAGAGCCAAGACAUCCGUUGAUGUCUUCUGCCCCUCCAGGCCAGCUGGAUGACGGUGCGUGGGUCGUCCAGGGCAGAGGAGUAAAGCCCCUGCCAUCACCUUUGGACUCACCAGGCAAGCCUGAGGAGCAAAGGAGCAGAUCCUCUUUCAUGCAGCCCAGCGUGCCCCUGAUGACUGAGGCGGUAGCCAGGCAAGCCCUUCUGCACUUUGUGGCCUCCCAGUGCUGCUACGGGAGCAGAGCCGCAGGAGAGCUGGCCAUCCGGCAGCUGUGGCAGCUGGGGACGUACCGAUAUCGACUGGAGACGUUCAGUGAGUCGAGGUUAAGUGAGUGGGCGUUUGAGCCAUUUACCAAGCCCAGAGCAGCCAACCCUGCUGGAGACAGCCCCCUGGACCCCUGGCGUGUGGAGGUCAGGGCCCCUCCGCUCUUCCAGGGCCAGACGCGACGCUGCCGGGUGCCCCAUUCGACGCUGGUCAGGGACUGUCACAGAUGCCAUGGUCACGGCCGGUCCAAGUGCGGAGAGUGUCAUGGCGCAGGUCGGACAAGGUGUGUCACGUGCAAGGGAUCCCGAUGGAGGCUAAAGCAGCAAAAGAGGUGUCAGCUUUGUUCGGGUACAGGUCACAACAGGUGCAAUACCUGUUCUGGCCGGGGCAGCAAGACCUGUGCAACCUGUCAGGGAGAGAAAAAACUCCAACAUUUCAAACAGGUGGUGGUAACCUGGAAGAACAAUGUCUUUGAAUUUAUUUCUGAUCAUCAACUGAACUUCCCAGGAGAGCUGCUUAGCAAAGUCAGUGGAGGAAAUAUAUUUAAAGAUGAAAAUGUGGUGGUAUACCCCAUUAUUGACUUUCCUGAUCCCGAGAUCUCCCUGGCCUCGCAGCGAGCCAUUGCAGAACACAGGACAGCAUUUGCCACAUCCUCCCGCAUCCUCCGGCAGCGUCAAACAAUUGAAGUAAUCCCUAUCACAGAAGUUCACUACCAGUAUUCGGGGAAGCCUUACAUCUACUACAUCUAUGGGCUUGAAAACAAGGUCUAUGCACUGGACUACCCCGAGAGGUGCUGCUGUGGCUGCACCAUCAUCUAAAACUCGUUGCUAGGAGAAAAGCACAAUUACAGCAACAAUCGCCCACCAGAACCCCUGUGCCUGUGGGGACUUGGGGAUGCUCCAGGGUUGCCAUUACCCAGUAGGACACGGACCUUUCCUGCAGCACGGGGUGUGCUUGCAUCUACAACAGAGGACUACAAAUCAAAUUAAGAGGAAGAAAGCCGUUAUGCCCCUUCUGCCAAACCACUUGUGUCUCAGACCUGGGGUCAGCUCCAAGGGUCUCACUGGGCGCAGGAUCAGGCCUUUGCAUAAAGAUUUCCCCCUGUGGAUGUUUUCCUCUCCAGUUGCAAUGCUGUAUCAUUAGUAAAGCAUAUUAACAGGGAUAUUUUCAGUCCAGCUAUGCAGUUUAUGACUGGUGCCUUUCUUUCCCUUUUUAAUUUGUAAUUUUUCCUGAGUUGCUACAUAAUCUAUAAUGAUGUAUUUCAAAAUCUAUGCAAUUAUCAAAUCUAACUUUAGAGGAUUUCAUUUUAAAAUACCUGGUAACACCAUCUGAGGGGUCAUUGUACCAAUACAAAAAUUAUUGUUUGAGAGUAAAAGGCUUUUGCAGUAGCUGUUGUGUGCAAUAUCCUCAGUAGCUGCAGGGAUGGGGAGAGCAGGGGGCUGGGGGAGUGGACAUAGGGUCACCCCUAUGCCUCUGGGCUGGAGGGGGUGAGCUCUGCUCCUCGGGACAUCACCCACUCCUGGUCCUCAUCCAGACAAGAAGCAUUGGCUGAAGUGCUAGUUGGCUCACCGAGGCAGUUCUGCCACGUCCGCCUCUUUUUCUAUUUUAUCACCAAUCUUGCAGUAUUUAUCUCAGAAAAGCUUGCAGGAGAAUCUGGGCUUGCUUUGGGUUUAAAGCUAAUUUAGUUUAAGUGCAAACACUUGUGUUUGCUUGCACGUUUCUAAACUUUUUAGGGUCUGUUUUCUUCUUCAACUCUUCGAGUUCUACACCGCAAACAGAAAGACAACCACAACUCAUAUUUAAAACCAAACCAAACAACCUCCUCUCCUCCUCUGUGUUUUUUUUUUAUGUAGUUCUUUUGCUGUCUGGGGCCUAGCGGAGGGUU